AUGCGUCGCCAUGGCAGGUCCAGUGGCGGUCCAACCAAGGCCGUCUCGCCCUUGUCCGACACUGUAUCCCUCAUACGCUCCUUCGAUUCCGUCAUGAACCCAAACCGACCCGUGCGCCCUUCGCCCUUGGCCUCCUCCCACAUCCAAGCUUUGCCCUUGGAGCUGGUGGAUCGGUUGCGGUCCUUCCCUCUAUUCCAAGCUACUCCGGAAUCCUUUUUGAUCGAGGUCGGACAGCACCUGCGCCCACAGCUCCACGCACCCAACGAUUAUAUCUUGACAGAAGGCGAUGAGGCAAAGGCAAUAUACUGGCUAGUGCGGGGUGCCGUAUCGGUCACAUCUCGGGAUGGCGAGAGUAUAUAUGCCGAACUCAAGCCGGGUGCGUUCUUCGGGGAGAUUGGAUUGCUCAUGGACCGUCCUCGCACUGCGACCAUUAUCGCCCGGACUCGAUGCAUGCUGGUCGUGCUGACAAAAGACGACUUUCGGAAUAUAUUGCCUCGGUUCCCGGAGGUUGAACAGGCGAUCCGCGAGGAGGCAGAGGAGCGGUUGAUGAUUUUAGAAAAAAAGAAGAAAGAAACCUCCGCGCCUGCACUAGACCUGCCUAGCCCGGCAAGAAGAGGCUCAAAAAGACUGCGUGAGAGCUUUUCAAAGGAUCUAGCUGUUGCAGAUGAUGAUGGGGACUUGAGCGCCAAGUCUGUGUACAAGAAGAGGAAGUCACCGAGUCCCGGUCGGCGGGAUGGCUCUAGUGCAUUAGCAAAUGGAUUGGUCAACGUACGUCUCUUGCUUAAAGAGCUGCCGCUUUUUUCUGGUUUGCCUGCCGACAUCCUCCACUAUCUUGGUCUCAAUGCCCAACCGCGAUCUUUCCCUCCAUUUACCGACAUUAUCCAACAAAAUUCUCAGGGCCGUGAGCUCUAUUUCAUUGUUCGCGGUGAGGUGGAGGUUCUUACAGAAAAGGCGGAGAUGGAACACUCAUCGGCAAACAAAAACAGCCCAAAUGGGAACAUUGAACGGCCGGGAAUUGAGGUCAAAGCAAGGUUGAAGCAAGGCCAGUACUUCGGUGAGGUGGUCAGCCUAGAUUUAGCACCUCGUAGAACCGCUACAGUUCGAUCUGUGACUUCAGUUGAAUGUUUGAUGCUCGGCGGUGACGUCCUUGGUGAAUUCUGGGAGAAAUGCCCCAGUGACGUGCGGGAACAAGUUCAACACACUGCCCAAGCAAGGCUCCAGGCGGCAGCCGAUGGCGAUGUUGUCAUGUCUGAUGAGGACCCACAACCAUCUAUUGGUGAUCUCGCCCUGGACGACAAAGUCAAAAUCUCAUCGUCCCGGCGACGGUCAAUGCCACUACUUACCCUCACUGAAACUGAACUGGAUGGACCGCAUCAGUCCUCGCACGUUGAAGACCAAGACCAGGAAGUGUUACGGCCCUCCGAUCCCGACCCAUACUUCAGCCUUGGUCUAGAUAAAGUCCGGAUGCGAAGUCGACGCGGCUCGCUCGCACCGUUAGCUCCUGAGGAGAUGUCAGGGGAGCAGCAGCGCUCACCUUCCACGGAGGCGCGCUCUGCCAGUUCCUCAACCAUAGCCCUUCCCGAAAUCGCCAGCCUCUCCAAGUCAUAUCAGACCGAACGGCCCCGCAUCGACGGCUCGAAUGGAUUACUCCCGGACAGUGUCCUACUGAACAUUUUCCAAUUCCUUGAGCUCCACCACCUUCUUCGCAUUAGGGCGGUGUCGUCCCAUUGGUCAGGGCUCUUGACCAGAUCUGCGGACGUAAUUCAUGAUUUAGAUUUGAGCGUCUACAACCGCAGGAUUACAGAUGACGUUCUUGUUAAGAUCAUCUGUCCCUUUGUCGGCAAUCGAGCACGAUCGGUCAAUAUCAACAACUGCUUUCACAUCACCGACGAAGGCUUCACGGCAUUGGCCGCGACUUGCGCCCCAAAUACCACUGCGUGGAAGAUGAAGAGUGUGUGGGAUGUCACGGCCUCUGCCAUCCUUGACAUGUCCAGCAAAGCUACAAAUAUACAGGAGGUAGACUUGAGCAAUUGCCGCAAGGUCGGAGACACACUUCUCGCCCGGAUCAUUGGAUGGAUAGUGCCCGCCGACCAGAAGAUGGGCGAGAAACAAUCAUCGAUCAAACCCACAUUCCAGACAGCAGAAUGCUCAGUGUAUGGCUGUCCAAAGUUGAAGAAACUCACUCUCUCUUACUGCAAACAUGUCACCGAUCGAUCUAUGCAUCACAUUGCGUCUCACGCCGCUGGUCGGAUUGAGGAAAUGGAUUUGACUCGUUGCACCACAAUCACAGACCAAGGGUUCAAAUACUGGGGGAAUGCUCAGUUCACCAACCUGCGAAAGCUUUGCUUAGCGGAUUGCACGUAUUUGACGGACAACGCCAUUGUGCAUCUAACUACUGCGGCCAAGAACCUGGAGGAAUUAGAUCUGACCUUUUGCUGCGCAUUGUCAGAUACGGCAACCGAAGUCCUUGCCUUGCAGUGCUCAAAUUUGAAGUAUCUCAACAUGGCAUUCUGCGGUUCCGCAAUUUCCGAUCCUUCCCUACGAAGCAUCGGUCUUCACCUACUUUCUCUUCGACAUUUAUCGGUCCGUGGCUGUGUUCGAGUGACUGGAGUGGGCGUCGAGGCUGUUGCGGAAGGCUGCCAUCAACUCCAGGUCUUCGAUGUCAGUCAAUGCAAGAAUCUCGGACCCUGGCUUGAGGACGGUGGUGCUGUCCACUACCAACCGAGAGUCGAAUUUAAAACUGUCGCCCCGAACAAGAAGCUUCCUCGAUGA